GAGAGAGAGAGAGAGAGAGGGGGAAAAAAAAGGGGGUGAGUGUGUGUCCAGCAGCGGCUGAUUGAUGACUGUGGUGAGUGGCCGCCCCUGGCUGGGCUCGGCGGGCAGGUUUCGGGCGGUUGCCCGCUGCCAGGCGCCUCGGUGAGGGGAGAGGAGACGAGGAGAGGAGGAGAGGAGGAGAGGAGAGGAGACCCGCCCGGCCGGGAGGAUGAUGUGCGAAGUGAUGCCGACCAUCAGCGAGGACACCCUCAGCCAGAGGGGCUCGCAGAGCAGCGCCGAGGACUCCAAUUUCGAGCAGCUGAUGGUGAACAUGCUGGACGAGAGGGACCGGCUGCUCGACACCCUGCGGGAGAGCCAGGAGAGCCUGGCGCUGACCCAAGCCAAGCUCCAGGAGGUCAUCUACGACAGGGACUCGCUGCAGCGCCAGCUCAACUCCGCCUUGCCCCAGGAAUUUGCUGCACUGACAAAGGAGUUAAAUGCCUGUAGAGAGCAACUGUUAGAAAAAGAAGAGGAAAUUUCAGAACUCAAAGCUGAGAGAAAUAACACACGACUAUUGUUGGAACACUUGGAGUGUCUUGUGUCAAGACAUGAGCGGUCAUUGAGAAUGACGGUGGUGAAACGGCAAGCUCAGUCUCCUUCGGGGGUUUCCAGUGAAGUGGAGGUUUUGAAGGCUUUAAAGUCACUUUUUGAGCACCAUAAAGCAUUAGAUGAAAAGGUAAGGGAGCGUCUACGAGUUGCUCUGGAGAGGGUUUCCACACUGGAAGAGGAAUUGACAGCUGCUAACCAGGAGAUAGCAAUACAACAAGAGCAAAAGGCACAUGCUCAGAAAAAAGAAGAAUCUGAACUUCUGGAGGGAGCAGAGCCAGGUCAGAAAGUUCACGGAAAGCGUCUUUCUAAUGGCUCCAUUGACCCCAGUGACGAAAUCAGUCAAGUUGUGGAACUACAGGAACUGAUCGAAAAACAGAACUAUGAGAUGACACAAUUGAAAGAGCGACUAGCAACAUUGUCUGGCCGGCUAGCUGAAGUGGAGCAGGAUUUAGAAACAGCCAGAAAAGACCUGAUUAAAUCGGAAGAAAUAAGCACUAAAUAUCAGAGGGAUAUCAGAGAGGUAAUGGCUCAGAAAGACGAUAUGGAAGAAAGAAUAACUACACUGGAGAAGCGCUACCUUAAUGCACAGAGAGAAUCCACCUCAUUACAUGAUAUGAAUGAUAAACUGGAAAAUGAGCUGGCAAAUAAGGAUGCCUUCUUGCGCCAGAUAGAAGACAAAAAUAGACAGUUACAGGAACGUCUAGAACUUGCUGAACAGAAAUUGCAGCAAACCAUGAAGAGGGCAGAAACAUUACCUGAGGUCGAAGCAGAACUUGCCCAGCGGAUUGCAGCUCUUACAAAGGCUGAAGAGCGACAUGGCAGCAUAGAGGAACGUUUGAGACAUUUGGAGACUCAGCUGGAAGAAAAGAAUCAGGAACUUCAGAGGGCUCGUCAAAGAGAGAAAAUGAAUGAAGAGCACAAUAAGAGAUUGUCAGACACAGUGGAUAGAUUGUUGACAGAGUCUAAUGAGCGACUUCAGCUUCAUCUGAAGGAGAGAAUGGCUGCAUUGGAAGAUAAGAACAUGCUAAUACAAGAAACUGAACAUUUGAGGAAACAGCUGGAAGAAUCUCUUCAUGAUAAGGAAAGAUUAGCAGAACAAAUUGAAAAGAUGCAUUCCGAUAUUGAACAAAUGAAAUUGCAAACUGGUGCUUUAAUGGACCCAACAAUGUCCAGGUCACAUAUGGAUACCUCAUCUGAUAUUCGAUAUUCAAUGGGAUCAUUGAUAGACAGUCAGCCUGAUCAUUUUAGAUCUUCGAAUGUGCUCAGGAGACCACAGCGCUCGGCAGGCCGGAGAGAUGAGCUAAAGGUGCAAAGUCUCUGUGAACAUGAUUGGGGCAGAUCUCAACCAAUUCGUUUGUUGAGCAGCCAUCAAUUUGAGAGUGACACUGAACUGUCGGACAUUGAUGAUGAUGACCGAGAAACCAUAUUCAGCUCCAUGGAUCUUCUUUCUCCCAGUGGACAUUCUGAUGCUCAGACGCUUGCUAUGAUGUUGCAAGAACAACUCGAUGCUAUUAACAAAGAAAUCAGGUUGAUUCAGGAAGAAAAAGAGUCAACUGAGCUCCGUGCUGAGGAAAUUGAGAAUCGAGUGGGUAGCAUUAGCCUUGAAGGCUUGAAUUUGGCAAGAGUGCACCCUGGGACUUCUAUUACAGGCUCUGUCACUGCUUCCUCAUUAGCUAGCUCCUCUCCUCCUCUCAGUGGAUGUUCAACACCCAAAUUUCCAGCACGUAGCCCUGCCCGGGAUAUUGAUCGAAUGGGGAUCAUGACAUUGCCUAGUGAUCUCAGGAAGCAUCGGAGAAAGAUUGCGGCUGUUCAAGAAGAUAGUCGAGAAGAUAAAGCCACAAUAAAAUGCGAGACAUCGCCGCCCUCAACACCCAGAUCAGUCCGACUGACGCACACCCUGCCAUCUUCGUAUCAUGAUGAUAUACGAGGAUUUUCCACAUCAUUAGACCCAGAAAUGAGCCACUUUAGCAGUACUAGUAGCCAAGACUCCCUCCACAAAGCACCAAAGAAGAAAGGAAUCAAAUCCUCUAUAGGUCGUUUGUUUGGCAAAAAAGAAAAGGCUCGACUAGCACUACUUGGCAAAGACCAUAUGAUGUCAGGACAAGGAGGCUUUUCUGAUGUAGACUUUGGUAACCAAGAUACCCUUGCUCUGAGCAAAUUAGGGACACAAGCAGAAAAAGAUAGAAGAUUGAAGAAAAACAAAUUUGGGCAUGAACUCUUAGAGGAGGCUCGAAGGAAAGGAUUGCCAUUUGCACAGUGGGAUGGACCAACAGUAGUCGCGUGGCUUGAGUUGUGGCUUGGGAUGCCAGCAUGGUAUGUUGCUGCUUGUCGUGCAAAUGUGAAAAGUGGUGCCAUCAUGUCUGCCUUGUCCGACACUGAGAUACAGAGGGAAAUCGGAAUUAGUAACCCUCUUCAUCGCUUAAAACUCAGGCUGGCAAUCCAGGAGAUGGUGUCACUAACCAGCCCAUCAGCACCUCCAACAUCUAGAACACCCUCAGGAAAUGUCUGGGUGACCCACGAGGAAAUGGAAAAUUUAACAUCUGCUGCAAGAAUGGAGUCUGAGGAAGGCAGUUGGGCUCAGACCUUGGCUUACGGAGAUAUGAAUCAUGAAUGGAUUGGCAAUGAGUGGCUUCCCAGUUUGGGAUUACCUCAGUACCGCAGCUACUUCAUGGAGUGCCUAGUAGAUGCCAGAAUGUUGGAUCAUCUGACAAAGAAGGAUCUUCGUAUUCCUUUAAAAAUGGUGGAUAGUUUUCAUCGAACAAGUUUGCAAUAUGGUAUUAUGUGCUUGAAGCGUUUGAACUAUGAUAGAAAGGAACUGGAAAAACGAAGAGAAAUAAGCCUGCAUGAAAUUAAAGAUGCUAUAGUAUGGAGUAAUGACCGUGUUAUUAGGUGGAUCCAGUCCAUCGGUCUUCGAGAAUAUGCAAACAACCUGAUGGAAAGUGGUGUCCAUGGGGCACUCCUAGCCUUGGAUGAAAACUUUGAUUAUACUAGUUUGGCAUUAAUACUUCAAAUCCCCACACAAAACACCCAGGCAAGACAGGUUCUUGAAAGAGAAUAUAACAACCUUCUUGCACUUGGAACAGAGAGGACCCUUGAUGAUGAUGAUGAGAAAAAUUUCCGCCGAGGCCCUUCCUGGAGAAAACAAUUUCCUCCCCGUGAAGUGCAUGGAAUCAGCAUGAUGCCAGGAUCUUCUGAAACCCUUCCUGCAGGUUUCAGAUUAACAACAACAUCCACAAAAAGAUCUUCUGAUGUUGGCACACCAGGAAUGCAAAGGAUAGACAGCUCCACCAUUCGGACAUACUCUUGCUGACAUCUACAGAAACUUCAACAGCCAUGCCACGUGCAAAAUGGAUAAUAAGACAUUCCUUGAGACAAUGGGUGGCUUCAGGACAAAUACCAAAUAGAACACCAAAAAUGCAUCAUGCAGCAUAAUUAUUAUGUUUCACGCAUACUUUGAAGUUACAGAGCUUUGCACUGUUGCUGCCAAUAAUUGCUAAUGUUAGUGUGUUUUAAUAUAUUAUUUAGAAGUUGUAUUUAUUCAAUUAUCACUGCAUUUUUAAAAAAAAACGUUUUUAUACGGAAAUCUUAAAUAUGCCAAUCAGAGGGAACAGAAUUUGAAUCCUGAAAUGGGAUUUAAACCUCCUAGGAAAAGACUUGCAGUGUUGGCCAUGGUAGUUGGAGCCAAACUGAGCACUGAUCUGACAGUUCUGGACCAUCAGGGAGAUUCACUGACCAGCUCUUCUGUUCUCAGGACUGUGAAUCUUCCAGUAAUUGCAGCAGAGCUGUAAUAUGUGUGUGUUUACCUAAUAUAAUUGGCAGUCAGGAGUAUAGGUUAGAAAAACAAUCAGGAUAUCUCAAUCUGCAGAAGCACACAACUAUCUGCAUUGUGCAGGGACACUGAUCUAAUGGUGUCUACAGGGCAACCAAAUCCAUAGUCUUCUCUGAAAGAGUUUGAAAGGUGGUGAUGAAGAAACCUAAAAGGCUUAAAUAUAACAAUCAAUUUUCUGUUCUUCAGCAUAGUUGUGAUGCCUGUAUGAAAACGUUCAUUGCCUUUGAAGACUGACACAAGCAGACAUUUGCCUGCUCAAUAAAUUGGAUAAGUUUGCCGAGACCAGUCUCAAGGUGUAGAAAGUUUUCUUGUGAAAAUUUUAGCAUUCAAGAGUUUUGAUUUAUAAAUGUCCUUUUAAUAUAUUUGACUAGAAACUGAAAUAAUUGUUCAGUAAAUAUCACAGAAACGUACUGCACGUGCCCUUUUCAGACAUUGGAAUAGUGGCAGAGGUGUUUUAGCACCUAUUGCAUCAAGUAAUUUGUUCCUGAUUGACAGUUUCUAAAACUUUCUUGUAUAAUACUUGCUGAACGUAUGUACUGUGUAUGUACUUCUUUGUAUCUAUGUAUGUUGUAUGUAAAUGAAUAUAAAUAUUUUAUUAAAAAACUCACAGAAUUUCAUGUCAGUUUAAUCAGAACAGACUUCACUGUCAAAUAUUGCUGCUGUUUUUAUCUCAUCAUCUGCCAUAGAAAUUGCCAUAAUUAAAUUUAUUAUACUAAAACAGUCAGUUUUACAAAACUUUAGUAGACAGAUGCAGUUUUAGUUUAUCUUCGUAACUUUCUAUCAACACACAGUUCUUUGAAGCUGGAAACCUGCCACGCCUCAGAUGUAAACGUCUGAAAACCUUAUAUUGCAGAAUAAAUUAUCCUGCACCUAACUUUAUUCUGGGCCUUCCUACAGUGACUGAAAUGUACAUAGAUUUACAGAAAAGCACUGUGAUGGUUCUUUAAGCUGCUGUUUACAAGAUAUGAUGAACUUUGUUGCUGGUCCACUGUUCUGAAGGCCAUUACUGUUUUAACUUGUGGACCAAGUUACACACUUCAGCUUUCAACAGAAUCAUGUGAUAGGGAUUCUCAAGAUGUGAGCCAAAAUUUUGCAAUCUGGUAUGUUUGGUGUUGCCAUUUGUUUUUGACAAAACUUUAGCCUUUAUAACUUGGCAUUUGUUGAAUUCUAUUAGCUUGUCUGCAAACUUUUGCCAAGUUUGCCUUGUAAAACAUUACUGUUAAGUCACUUUAAUGGAGGAAAUAACUGAAAGACAGAAUAUUACAUGAAAUAAAGUGUAUAAAACAUUAGUUGUUCAAUAAGAUUUAUUGCUUGCUGUGGUAUUAUUUGUUGUUGCUAUAUUGCUACUCUUUAACUGUGGAAAUUUCUUGCAAAAUAUGUAAUAGCUUCAAUAUUAUAGUUGCGAGCUACAGCUACUUUGACCUAAACCUAUGAAUUGUCUUUUAGUUAUUUCUCUAGUGAUUAUUUUGCUACAUUUUGUAUGGUCAAACACAAUGUUCU